ACGCCGCGGCAGGGCCGGAAGGAGUGCAGCGGCGGCCUCGGCUGCGGCCACGAAGCUGUCGCGGCCGCUCCUGCUGACUAGAAGCUGCGGCGACAGAAGCCGCCGAGCCCGCCUCGAGAGCAGGCGAGUUGAGUGGCGAACUCUUUGGAACAGGUAGUCACCAUGUUUAGAUAUUAAUGAGUCCAUAGGUGUACGUCAGCAUUGGAAAAUGGCAGAGGGAAACAACAAUGAAGAGGUAAUUCACUUGAACAACUUCCACUGCCACCGGGGACGAGACUGGAUCAGUCUCAGAGAUGGACCCAUCACCAUAUCUGACUCCUCUGAUGAGGAAGGGGUUCCAAUGCUGGUCACCCCAGCUCCUCAGCAGCAUGAUGAAGAGGACCUGGAUGAUGAUGUCAUCCUGGCGGAAACAAAUAAACCUCAGACAUCACGACCCAAUCUCAUCAAACCAGCUGCCCAGUGGCAAGAUCUCAAAAGAUUGGGAGAAGAAAGGCCUAAAAAGUCUAGAGCAGCCUUUGAAUCAGAUAAGAACGGCUUUUUUUCUGUGUGUAACAGCUCGUUGUUUGGUUCUGGGGCACAGGAUGAUUCUGAGGAUAACUACGGUGAAUUUCUAGAUCUUGGGCCUCCUGGAGUUUCUGAAUUCAUUAAGCCAAGUGGACAAACAGAAAGAGAACCCAAGCCUGGACCAAGUCAUAACCAAGCAACAAAUGACAUUGUCAACCACAGAGCAGAGCAGAAAAUCAUUAUCUUGAAAGAAGGUGGCCUUCUUUUUCCAGAAGGUGAUCCUUUGGACACUCAGAACCAGUCAUCUGAAGACUCAGAGACAGAGCUUUUAUCAAACCUCGGAGAAUCAACUGAUAUCCUAGAUGACCAGGCCAUCGAAGAAGACUGCUGGUUAGACCAUCCUUACUUCCAGUCUCUGAACCAACAGCCCCGUGAGAUAACAAACCAGGUUGUGCCUCAGGAGCGGCAGCCUGAAGUAGAACUGGGCCCACUGUUGUAUCAGCAUGAACCCUCAGGGUCAGCUUUUCCAAGACCGGCUUUUCCAAGACCAGAACCCCAGCAGGAUGGGAUUCCAGGCCCUUCUUCUCCUCAACCUGCCCAUCCUCUGGGAGAGCUUGAAGACCAACAAUUAGCAAUAGAUGAUGAAGAGCCAGGUCCAGCCUUUCCACUGCAAGGAUCUCAGGAGCCCAAUUUGGAAAACCUUUGGGGGCAGGAAGCUCCUGACAUAGACCAAGAACUCAUUGCACUAUUAGUGAAAGAAACAGAAGUAAGAUUUCCAGAUGUAGCACAUGGGUAUAUUGAGGAAGUAAUUCAUUUGAAAAAUUACUAUGAUUUGAAUGUACUUUGUAAUUUUCUUCUGGAAAAUCCAGAUUAUCCAAAGAGAGAAGAUAGAGUCCUUAUCAAUCCCAGUAGCAGCCUGCUUGCCAGCCAAGAUGAGAUAAAGUUGCCUAAAAUAGACUUUUUUGACUAUUCUAAAUUGGCUCCUCUUGACCAGCGCUGCUUCAUCCAAGCUGCUGACCUCCUGAUGGCCGACUUCAAAAUGCUCAGCAGUCAGGACAUCAAGUGGGCCCUGCAUGAGCUCAAAGGACACUAUGCAAUCACCCGAAAGGCCUUUUCUGAUGCCAUUAAAAAAUGGCAGGAGCUAUCGCCAGAAACCAGUGGAAAAAGAAAAAAGAGAAAAGAAAUGAAUCAGUAUUCUUACAUAGAUUUCAAAUUUGAACAAGGUAACAAAAAAAUAGAAAAGAGGAUGUUCUUUCUGGAAAAUAAGCGGCGGCAUUGUAGGUCUUAUGACCGGCGUGCUCUCCUUCCAGCUGUGCAGCAAGAGCAGGAGUUCUAUGAGCAGAAAAUCAAAGAGAUGGCAGAGCAUGAAGACUUUUUGCUUGCCCUGCAGAUGAAUGAAGAACAGUAUCAAAAGGAUGGCCAGUUGAUUGAGUGCCGCUGCUGCUACGGGGAAUUUCCAUUUGAGGAACUGACGCAGUGUGCAGAUGCUCACUUGUUCUGCAAAGAGUGUCUCAUCAGAUAUGCCCAAGAGGCAGUCUUUGGAUCUGGAAAGUCAGAGCUCAGCUGCAUGGAAGGCAGCUGCACAUGUUCAUUCCCAACCAGUGAACUGGAGAAGGUGCUUCCCCAGACCAUCCUGUAUAAAUACUAUGAGCGAAAAGCAGAAGAAGAAGUUGCUGCAGCCUACGCUGAUGAGCUCGUCAGGUGCCCCUCCUGCAGCUUUCCUGCUCUGUUGGACAGUGAUGUGAAGAGGUUCAGUUGUCCCAAUCCUCGUUGCCGAAAGGAAACCUGUAGGAAGUGUCAGGGACUCUGGAAAGAGCACAACGGUCUCACUUGUGAAGAACUGGCUGAAAAAGAUGACAUCAAGUACCGAACAUCUAUUGAAGAAAAGAUGACUGCAGCCCGCAUUAGGAAAUGCCAUAAGUGUGGGACCGGCCUCAUCAAAUCAGAAGGCUGCAACCGCAUGUCUUGCCGCUGCGGUGCCCAAAUGUGCUACCUCUGUCGAGUAUCUAUCAAUGGAUAUGACCACUUCUGCCAGCAUCCUCGCUCCCCAGGAGCCCCUUGCCAGGAGUGUUCAAGAUGCUCCCUCUGGACCGACCCCACUGAAGAUGAUGAGAAGCUAAUUGAGGAAAUCCAGAAGGAGGCCGAAGAAGAACAGAAAAGAAAGAAUGGAGAGAAUACCUUCAAACGCAUUGGGCCCCCCUUGGAGAAGCCUCCAGAGAAAGUCCAGAGGAUCGAAGCCCUGCCGAGGCCCGUCCCACAGAACCUGCACCAGCCACAGAUCCCCCCCUACGCCUUUGUGCACCCAGCCUUCCCCCUGCCUCCCGUCCGGCCCAUGUUCAACAACUUCCCCCUCAACAUGGGCCCCAUCCCAGCGCCCUAUGUGCCCCCUCUGCCCAAUGUACGAGUCAACUAUGACUUCGCCCCCGUCCACGUGCCGCUGGAGCACAACCUGCCUAUGCACUUUGGCCCCCAGCCGCGGCAUCGCUUCUGACACCCAGGCCCCACCCCUCCCAGGAGCCCCGCCAAGCAUCCCGUGCAGGCUGGAGGCUGGAUAGAUGCUCCUUCGCCCCCAAGGCUGAUGGCUGUGCCCAUGCCUGCUAAGUAGGGAUGACGGACUUGCCUCUUGAAUGGAUAGGCUGGAUUUCUUCCUGGGAAGGGCCAGUGCUCCUUGAAUAGUGAUCAGCAGGCUGGUACCCUCUGGGUGCCCGUAACAGGAUUGGGCCAGAGAUAAGGGGGCAGCAAAACCCUCUUCCUGAAGAGUUCUGCCGUCCCAGCAGCCAACGUGGUGGCCCUGGGCCACAAGGUAGCCCGUCUCUGUCACUCACGUCCCUGCAGAAAUAGAUGAAGGGAAAUGUUUGCCUCCAUCCCCUCCCCCUGGCAGACAACAGAAGUCUCUCAGUUAAAAACCACAUAAGCCUUCCUUACCGUAGCAGUGUGAUCCAUAAUAAAGUGAAGUAACAAGUAGUGCAGUUUCAAGAGAGCUGAGAGCUCGGGACCGUGUCGUGGAGGCCUGGUUCUUCUACCCACCUCGCUCUGAAGCCCACCUACAGUGAGGUGCACUCCACUGCCCUGAGCCAGUUAGUCUAAGUGGCAGAGCGAUGUCCACAGGCCUGGGAGCGCAGCUCAGGUUGGGGAGGCUGUGGACCGUGUCCCAGUGCAGUACCCCAGGCCGCCACCACAGUGAUUGUUCCAGGGUCUCGCCUUCCGUCUUGAUCCUCUCGGAUGAGACCACAGAGAGCCAUUUCAUGCAAUGGGAUGUUUGUAGUUUAUCUAAAGAAACAUUUGCUGUUUACUCACUUUGAACUUUUCCAGUUUUCUGUGGCCUACUAGUUUCUCUCCCUCAGUGUCUGGAAAGUCAAAGAAAUCUGUUGCCCCGUGCCUGGCAGUUGAUAAGGGUGGGAUGGUCCUGAAAUUUUUGCCAACCACAAGAUCCUUUUGAAGUAGCUGUGACAGAGGCCUGGUGGCUCUCCCAGGGAGCCGUGUUUGCCACCACCCAGGUAAUGAACAGAUUCUCCCUUGAACAGAUUCUCCCCUAAGGUACGGUGGCGCUGGCUUUGCCCAGCGGGUACAUGGCCCGGGUUGUGCUCGGCAGCUACCCUUUUCUGAGGUCAGGUGAGUCCGGCUGUGGGUUUGCUUGGGAGUCCCCGCCAUGUUCCCAGUUGCCUUUUGCUGUCCAGCCCCAGCCAGGUGUUUGAGCCUCACCCCAGCCACCUGCUCUGCAGUACUUCAUGCUGCUCCAGCCCACGUGCAGAGCAGAGGCCUCAGUGGGGAAUGAACCUGCCUGGCUCCCUGUGUUGGCCUCCAUUCCUCUUGCUGAAGCUCUGGUGGCUGUGGGGUUCCCAGAAGUUCACACAGACCUCAGAGAGGAGGGGACAGACCCGGGACCAGGCAUCACCGUCUGGUCACCCGUUGCCAUCAGCCUCUCAGAUGUUUUUCAGAGAUUAAAAUGGAGAGGUGAUGUGCCAGGUUGCCUGUUAUUGCUGUCUUUCCUCUGGGUUUGGGGUUUGUGGAUAGGUGGUCCCCUGGGCUUGGGGUGGGGGUGCAUGAAGAGAGGCUACACUGAGUCUCUGCUGCCAGGAGCCUUUCCCUACCGGGCUUCCUGCCCCUGCCCUCGGGCACAGCAACAGGAUUUCUUCAAGUACCUUUAAAGCAUGUUCCCUGUGCUUCCCCAAGGGAGGGUCUCUGAGGGCUGUGAACUGCCAACAGAUGUCCCACCAGAUGGGGAGGGUGACCCCAGGUGCUGAACCUGCCCCACUGGUGACAGUGCUCACCCCAGCCCACCAGAACCUUCUGGGUCUCUGACCCAAUUCAUCAUCCAACAAAGGAACCAGCUUCCACCUUUGCCCAGCAGCCCAGGGUGAACCAGCUUCCACCUUUGCCCAGCAGCCCAGGGUAUAUGGCUCCGCGGAGGUCCUGGGGCAGCGACAAGGACAGACCUUGGGCUCGUGUUGCAUGCCCUUGACACUGCGGUCCAGCAACUGCCCUAGGACCUGGCAUGCGAAGGUCCAAAUGUUGCCACACAGGAGGGAGACCAGAACAAUUCCCCCAAGGCCAAACUGAAGACUGGUCUUUUGAGAUGAGUUCUGGCUGCUUUUAGCCACACAAGGCAGCUAGGGAACCACUCCUGCCUUUCUGAGCCGAGGGCGCCUGAUUGGGAACGUUCCUCCUUGAGCCAGGCUGUGGAGUGGCUCGCAGGUCUGCAGAUGUAGCACAGUCCCUUUCGCCGAAAGUUCUGACCCGAGCAUGAGCCCCCUCAUGUCUGCAAAAUGGCCCUGUAGGUGCCUCGUGUCUUGGAGAAGCAGUCUGUACUAGUGAUGGGGUUGGGGGGAGAGGGCGCCAUAACCAUCAGACAAACCAUUCAGUGGCUGCAAGAUGCAAACGACAGGACACCCCGAGAGAUCAGCCCCUGUCUGGGGGACAGAGCAGUCCCAGAGGCAGCCUGACGCCUUCCCCUCUGGUCUGGCUUGCUUGCUCCCUGGAGCGAGAGACUGCCCAGCAGCCGUCCCAUUCUUGCCUUAAAACUGGAGAGAGGAAUCUAGUAUUUGCACUUAGCAAAAGAUUUUAAAACUUAAAAAAAUGUGCAUGACCUGUCACUUUGUAUAAAAAUAGCAAAAACGAUUAGUUUAUUAAAUUCUUUUCUUUAUCUUCUGGUAGUAAAAAUACAUAAAAUAAUGGUUUAAACUACUGUGUGUAAAAAGCCUGUACCAUAUGUAACUUGGUUUUUUGUAAAUAAAUGUUUGU